AGGGAGACAGGAGGGCGAGGCGGGAGGAAGGCUGCGAGGAGAGGAGGCUGGGGGAAUGCGGGGAGCUCCCUGGGCAGGCCUGCCCUGCACCCUGGGCUGCAGAGCCCGAGGCCAGACUCACAGACCCGGCUUUAAGCCCCACGCUGGCCCUGCGGAUCCCAUCCCGGGCAGGCAGGCCGGGCCCUGCCCAGCGCCGGCUCCGCUGUCUCCGGAAGGCCCUCUGCGGGCGAGGGCUUCACCCUCAUGCUGGCAGCCUCGUCUCAAGCAGGUGCCAGGGCUGCGCCCCUCCACGCGGCGGGACAGCUUCGCCCUGGGGCCACCCCGGACCUUGGAAAGGCGGCGGUCACCGGGUCGGGGGAGGAGCAGCCAUCCGGGCCUCGGCUUUCGCCACGGCGGGAGGUGGGCAGCCCCGGCCCCUGGUCGAGUGUGCCACGUCUGGGGGAGGCUGCGGGACCUCAGCGGCCCUGCGCGCACAGCAGAGCGCGGGUCAAACCGCAGGCAGCGCGGCUGCCGGAACUCUUCCCUGAAACUUGAGACCCGUCUGCUGAUUCUUCGCGUUGCUCACUUCCCUGUCCAGUUCCCCAGAUUUGUCACUGCUGAAGGAUCAAAGCCCCAAGGGGCUCUGACACAAGCGUCUCCUGGAGCCCACUUUCUCUGGGUCGUCUGACAAGAUGUGAGCUGUCACUCUCGUGCCACGCAGAUCCGACCCCAAGCUCUUGCGCAGAGGGAGAGAAGAAUGAGCAAUGUUCUCAGGCGCUGGCUUCAAAAUUCACUUUUGGUUUUGACAAAACCUGAAGGCUGAAGCCAGCAGGCUUCAUUAGAGGGGAGAAAGCCUUUCGGAUUAUCCUGAGUGUUCCCACCUCUGCCCAGCCAGCUGUCUCCUAAGCCCUCAACGAUGAAAAGCCCGGAAG